AUGCAGUUCACGCGACGGUUCCAGGUCGGCGCGGAGUUGGGCAAAGGCGGGUUCGGGCUGGUGAACAAGUGCAGCGAUCUGACGGGCGAGAUGGGUUCGCAGCCGCUCGCGGUGAAAACCAUCGAUAAAGUCGCGAUGUACGAGGAGUGCGAGAACGCGGGGCAGCUGAUGGAGCGGCACCGCGCGUUGGAGCGCGAGGUGAAGAUUCUAGGGCUACUGCGCGACCACCCGAAUAUCGUGCAGGUGAGGUGGGACGGGCCGGGGAGCGGGGGAGGGUUGAGCUGGGAAGAGGCGGGAACGGGGGAAUUGGAGGAGGUGGAGAGCGAAAAGUGGAAAGGGUGGGGGGGAGUGAAGAAAGUUUACAACACUAAAGACAGGUUCCGCGUGGUAAUGGAGCUCUGCGACGGCGGCACUCUAAAGGAUCACCUUGUAAAGCAGAUGGAGGCCGGCACCGCAGCCCGGAAAAAGAUCAAGCUCGGAUACUCAGGCGGGUUGCCCGAAAAGGAAGCGGUCGACGUGUUUCGGCAGCUAGUGGAGGCAGUGCAGUACUGUCACGCCAAGAGCGUGGUGCACCGGGAUAUAAAGCUUGAGAAUGUGCUGCUGACGCUGAACCAGAGGUUCUGCCUGGACUGCGACUUGCAGGAUAUAGAGGAGAAGGAUGACGUGCCUCGACUCUUCACAAUCGAUUCAGUUGGAGAUGCCGAGGAAAUGGCUGCAGGAGAGAGCUCAAGGGUGGGAGACGAGAGCGGAAGGACCGAGGGAGGGGCGUCAGAAGCAGGGAAGGAGACACCAGCAGCAGCAGCAUCAGCAGCAGCGGAAUCUCUUCCUAGAAGCUCCACUGAGGAGGAGAUCGCAAGGCCCAGGCAGAGCAAGUGCACUUGCGGCAAGGUGAAAGUUGCUGGUCCUCCACCCGAAGGGAUUCCUGUCACGUCUUGCUUGUUCUCAGAGCUCCCUUUCACGAUAAAGCUCGCAGACUUCGGGCUUGCGGUGAUUGUCAAGGAAGGGCAGAAGCUGCAAGGUAACAUGGACACCACGCCAUCGCAACCGUCGGAUUCGCAACCCAAACCCACCGACGACUCCUCCGCGUCCUCCGCAAAGCCCGCCGACACCGGCGCCGGCACCUCCGGAGGCAGCGAGGAGAACUUCACAUCGGAGAAAGAGAUCAUCGCGAGAUGGAACGAGCUACGCGCGGAUAUCCAACGGCUCUAUUCCCGCAUCGCGGAGCACGAGCAGGAAUUGGCGGAGCACCGGCUAGUUUCCGCCGCGAUCGAGGGGAUGGACCCCUCCCGCCGCUGCUUCCGCGCGGUCGGCGGAGUUUUGGUCGAGCGGCGCAUCGGGGAGGUGGUUCCCGCGGUCGCGCGCAACGCCGCGGCGCUCGACGCGGUGGUUACGCGACUCGCGGAGACGCUCGCGAAGAAACGGCAGGAUCUGGCGGCGCUGGAAGCGCGGUUCAAUAUCCGCGUGCGGCCGGUCGAUGAGCUAUCGCGGGGGAGGGCCGGCGCGGAGGGGGGCGCGGGGGGAAGCGCGGGAGGCGGAGCGGGGGGAGCGGAGUCUAGCAAAGCUGCGGGAGCGUCGCAAGGAGUGCUGGUGGGGACGAGCGCUGCUCGCUAA